AUGUAAAGAGGGGCACAUGACUUGAAUAUUUUUGAAACAUAAAGAAAUAAAAUCUCACUAACCACAUAUCUAUUAGGAACAUAAAAAAUUUACAUUCUCUUAUAUAAACGUCAUCACUUCUUUAGAAUGAGAUAACUGAAUAAUUUACUUUUGAUUUCUUUGUAACUGGAUCAAGGGUAUUACAAGGGAGUUAAUAAAUAAGAAAAGAUUCUCCUAUCGAAAGAAUCCUCUAAGCACUAAUGUAUUCUCCUCUUAUUGGAAGUCAUUCAAUCCCUUCAAUAGACAUCAAAAUGCUCUAACGAUUACAGAGCUUUAGUAAGAGUGGUAUCAUCCAACUGUUUAGACGAAGCGAUAUUAGGAACAAUUCUAGCUGCACUUCAACACCAACCUAAAAAUCCAUUGGACUACAUUGCUCUUUUAGAAGGAGUAACUCACAUCAUGAAGACUUUGUUGUCUUUUAUUGUAUUCCUGUAUCUAGUCUUCGGGUCCCUUAAGCCCUUCCUUGAUUAUAUGUUUCUAAGAUCUUUUAUUGGUAUAAGAAAUGAUAAUAAAAUCAACACUAUCACUUCUAAAAGUUUCAUUGAAAGGGCUCUCACAGCCAUUACUAGCACAAACAACCCUUCAAAUGUGCCUUCUUCAGGCUUAUCAUUUACCUUAUGGGUCUUUAAAUACUUGACCCAAUUCUUGCCUCCUUUGAUUUUACCCUUGUAUCUUCAAUAGUAGUAGAGUUUGUCUCUGCAAAUGAUUGAUUUACUAGUAGUUGUGGACUUAAUCAAUAUUAUCUUGGAAGGAGUAAUCUACCUAUAUUUCAGGAUCACAACCAAAUGCAAUUAAAAUAAUAUCAGUAUUAAGCAGGAGUGCUUGCUCCAAUACAGCAAUUUUUAAUCAGAUAAUACGAGACCUGUUAAGAUAAAAGCUGUACAUAUAGAAACUACCAAGUCCUAACCCGAGGUGAUGAGAGUAAUACGUAUUGAAUUAACUUCUAGAGUUACUGAAAACAAGAGGACAUUGAUCUACAGGUUGGUGAUAUCCACUCCAGCCAUCUUUGCUUCGUUGCCUAUGGCCAGCAAAUGA